AUGGAAGAAUCCGAAUUGCUGCCCGUAUCCUCAUCCGAAUACCCAUCAUGCCGUCCCAAUUUCUCAGCGUACAACAUCGGUCUAUCCCUCGUCUUUUCUACCGUAUUCGUUCUGUCACUCCUCGGCAAUACCGUAGUCAUCCUCACAAUUCUCUAUCGACGCCGAAAAGCCGCGCGGUCCGUCACCAAUCUCUAUCUACUCAAUUUGGCCGUGGCCGAUUUGUUGCGGUCAUUAGCCUGCAUUCCACCCACCCUUCUCACCGAGAUUACGCACUGCUGGACGCUAGGGAAGACGUUGUGUCAUACUGUAGCGUUUUUGCAGCCUGUGUCGGUUUGUGCAUCGGCCUACACGCUGACGGUCAUUGCUAUCGAGCGCUAUUAUGCUAUUUGUAGACCACUACACCUCAGAAAAUGGCAUACAAAGAAGCGUGCCCUCGGUCUAUUAGCCGUUGUCUGGCUGUGGUCCCUAUUGUGCAACGCCGUCUCUUUCUUCAUCUUCGAUUCCCAUCAAAUCGAGAAAGAUGUCUGGACGUGCAACCCGGUUCGAAGCACAACCAUCAUGUUCUUUUAUCAGCUCUAUUUGACGCUAGCCCUUCUCUUCAUCCCCCUGGGUCUAAUGGUUGCCCUCUACGGCAACGUCAUCUGUACCCUAAAUGGCGAUUCCCUCGAGAGUCAACCGGGAACCAUUGUCGAAUGGAUCUGCAAGGCUGUCAAAUUGUCCAAAAAGAAGAAGAAUAUUAAUGCUAAGGAAAUGGAAACCCUCUCCCUGCCCGGCAACACAGCCAACGAAAUCAGCGGCCGGAGAAACUCCUUUUUACGCGGGAGUUUUGGCAGAAGCAUCUGGGAGAGCUUCCGUAACAUAUCUCUCUUUGGAAUUCUGACACCAAGAAGCAGCCUCGAUUCCAGCCUAAUCGUGCUCAGAUCCACGAAUCAGGAAAAGAUUCUAACAUCAAAGCGCCGCGUGACGCGCAUGCUGAUGACGAUCGUGCUCCUGUUCGCGCUGUGCUGGACCCCGAACUACAUCUUUUGGCUGGUUGUGCGCUUCUGCGAUCUUUUUGAUGCCGAAGUGUUCAACAACACCUUGAACAGCGUACUGACCGCGUUGACAUACGUAUCUUCAUGCACAAACCCGAUCACAUAUUGCUUUAUGAACAAAAGCUUCCGCCAUUCCCUGCUCUCCGUUUGUCGUCGGAAGCCGCCCUGCCCGUCUCCAAAACGUUUCGCCCAACGCUGCUCCAACUCGGACCGACAGCCAUGCGCUCGCAUUAAUGCGCUUCCCUUAAUUCGGGUGGAUAUGGUCGACAUCAACGCGAACGCCAUCCCGGAUUCCACUGAA